GCAUUGUUGCACUCUAGCGUUAGCGGGCGCCUAAUGUGGAAGCGCGACGGCCCUCAAUUUGAAGUUCGUUACCAAUCUGGCACGGCGCGUCGUCGGAAAGUGUGUCAAAUCUUCUUGUCGAUUUUGAUUGGGUCUUUUGGGGGUGCGUGACAGCCAGGUGAUGACGUCCGCGUGGGAAACGAUCGCGUCUGUCCACCGGUACAUUGUAGAAACUGGAGACAAGAGAACUGACCCAUGGCCGCUGAUCUACUCGCCGAUCCCGGUCACAAUCAUCGUCUGGAUGUACCUGGGCCUGGUCUGGGCGGGGCCUCGGCUCAUGAGAAACAGAGAGCCCGUCGACCUCCGCGUGGUCCUCAUCCUUUACAACUUGGCCAUGGUGGGCUUGUCGGCCUACAUGUUCCAUGAGUUCUUGGCCACUUCCUGGCUGUCCAACUACAGCCUCCUGUGUCAGCCGGUGGACUACAGCAGCAGGCCGCUGCCCAUGAGAAUGGCUCGGGCCUGCUGGUGGUUUUUCCUCUCCAAAGUCAUCGAGCUCAGCGACACGGUCUUCUUCAUCCUGAGGAAGAAGAACAGCCAGCUGACUUUCCUUCACGUCUUCCACCACGCCACCAUGAUCUUCAACUGGUGGUCUGCGGUCAAGUACAGGGCCGGCGGACAGUCUUUCUUCGCGGCCCUGCUCAACACGUUGGUCCACGCUGUGAUGUACUCUUACUACGGGCUGGCUGCUCUGGGCCCUCACAUGCAGAAGUACCUGUGGUGGAAGUCCUACCUCACCUGCCUGCAGCUGCUGCAGUUACUGCUGAUAAUCACGCACACGACCUCCAACCUGCUCACCGAAUGCGACUUCCCGCUCGCCACCAACCUUUUUGUGAUUUUUUACACCACCAUCCUCAUCCUCCUCUUCUGUAACUUCUAUCGCCAGAGCUACCGAGACAAGAAGAAGCAGAAGUAAGAUGGUGGUUUCACAUUUGUACAGCGCAAUCAAAGGCAAGACAUGCCGCUGUAUGUGUGUACAUACUCACCGUUGCCACAAGGGGGCAGCGCAGGCCCAUGUCGGAUUCAAAACAACCGGGAAAUGAUGACAUGUUUCAUUCAUAUAUUUAUUUUUUGAAUGGAGGAAAUGGCAAACAUUCAGACGUGUGUGGUGCGCAAUCUGUACAUUUAUACACAGAGGGUCGGUUUGCUCUGCAUUACUGUAGCAAGGACACAAACCCAAACCCACAAAAUCAAACGGAGGAAUGCAAACAUUGUUUCACCCCCGUUAUUAAAACAACAGAGCAACAUGAUACGCGUGUUUCUGUGCUUCGCUCUGAAAACAGAUGACCAAUACAAGAGGAUGUUUUCACAAAAACGCAUGAGAGGAAAUGUUCACAUUGUUGCGGCAGGGUCACCGAAUCCAUUUCUUCUCUUUCUAUUGGAUCAAUAAAAGUGAUUGUGAAAGGA